CGUAUACAUGCGACACAUAAUAUACGAGGUUCGCAUCUUUAAUAAUUCAAACGCCAAAAGUUUAUAUCCUUGAGAAAGAGACAGUUGUUUUGCGACGGUCGUUCAGCGCUAAACUCAACAGCAAGUAUACGACAAAAAAACUAUGUUGUUUGAAAACAUGUUUUUGACACUACUGGUCCCAGUUCUUCUCAGUUUAACAACGUUAUCACUCGGAAAUGAAUCCAGCCAGAAUUGCACCCGUAUCAUAAACGUCACUAAUCACAACUGGAACAAAGUAAAAAUUAAAAAAACAGAAAAAGAAAAAGUGAUCACAUGUUUUAAGGCAGAAAACGGUAAUGUUCACCUCUCAUUGAAUACCUACUACCAGUGCAAAGGAUACGACGACUUCCAUUUUCUCUGCCUGGGGAAGCGAUGCAAAUAUCCGCAUCCCGAGAUAACAGUUUACGAAGGUUGCGAAGGAAGAGGCACUAGUGAUAAGGUUGAAUAUGAAUGUGAUUAUCUGUGGCCAGUGCGGUGGGUGUCAAAAUCCGAUUGUCUUAAAGUCGUUAGCGAGUCUUCAGAUGGCCCAAUUGACCUUGAAUAUAAACUAUUUAAUGAGGAUGACGAUUACGAUCCUUGCUGGGGAACUUGGGAAAAACAUCGACCAUCCAAACGUUGCCGAGAAUGGUACCGGUGGUGGCCAGGGGGGUACAGGCGACGAACACCUCCCCUGCGACGAACACCUUCCGUGCGACGAAAACCUCCCCUGCGACGAACACCUUCCGGGCGACGAACACCUCCUAAGGCAACCCCAAAACUAGAUGUGGACAAGACUUUCGAAGAAGAGUCUGGUGGUUUCAAGUCUCCCAAUUAUCCUGGAAAGUACAGGAAGAAUCUGAAAUGCAUUUACGAUAUCAAACUUGAUGCAAACAAGAGAAUUGAACUGAUUUUCAGGGAUCUGGAUCUUGGACAAUCCAAAAACGGAAGUGAAUGCACUGAAGAUUAUAUCGCCAUUUAUGAUGGGAUUAAUAAGUGGUCAGGAGAGCUUCAUAAGUUUUGUGGCAAUGAUACCAGAUUUUUCAACAAACCGAUUUUGUCAAAAAAUAACGAACUAAGAGUAGAAUUUAAGAGUGGCAGUAAGGAUGGUAAUAACAAAGGAUUCAAUGCAUCUUACAGCGUUUAUCAACAACCUGCAGCGAAAAAGGAAAUAAAGAUUACUGGAGUGAUAAUUGGAACAGUAUGUGGAUUGUUACUUUUUGGACUGACCCUACUGGCAAUUUGGCGAUCCAAAAACUCGACGGAACUUCAAGUGCUUUCUGAUAUACUCAAUGGCAAUCCCGAUGCUAUCCAGAAGAAGGCUCCACCCUCAUAUGACGAUGUGAUGGCUUCGCCUGAGACGUACCCAGUUUCUCCAGAUUCAAAGGACGUUCGCUGGGUCGAAGAGCCAGAAAACGGAGAGCCGCCGCCUUAUCCGGGACUUGCCAUUCGCACAGAGCCUGGGGACGAAUUACAAGAACCGGAUUCCAAAAUGUCAGAUGACGACGACGUUGGGUUACCACGCGAUAUCGAGGCACAGGAAGAGGUAAAAAGCCAUGAGCCUGACGUUGGAAAGAGCGAUGUUAAAGAAGAAAGUAAGGCAAAGGAAAGUGACUUUGGCGAAAAAGGCAACGAAAAAAUUUACGCGGGUGAGAUCAAAGAGAUUUUUUUCGGAGAAAAUCCAUUUGAUGUCGAAGAUCGAGUUGACGGGAAAAGUGAUGUCGGAGAAGAAGUCGUCGAAAAGAGUGAUGUCGGAGAACGUGUCGUCAGAAAUAGUAAUGUUGAAGAGCAUAUCGUCGGGGAGAGUGAUGUUGGUAAACAUGUCGCCGGGGAGAGUGAUGUCAGUGAAUGUGUCGUCGGUAAGAUUGAUAUCGGAGAACAUGUCGUCGAGAAGAGUGAUGUCGGAGAGUAUGUCGUCGGAAAGAGUGAUGUCGGAGAGUAUGUCGUCGGGGAGAGUGAUGUCGGUGAACGUAUCAUCGGGGAGAGUGAUGUCAGUGAACAUGUGGUCGGUGAGGGUCGUGUCGGCGGACCUGUCGUCACAGAAAGCAACACCCAAAGAGUCGUGGAAAAGGGAUCCAGCUUCGGAAUAACACGCGAUGUCAAAAUUGAUGUCCCCCUUGAAGAUUUCAAGGGGAUUGAAGGUAACAAUGAAAAGGUGCAACAGAGGGUCGGAGUUCAAGAAAAUACAAGAGCAAACACUAUUUAUUUCUAGACAUCGUACUGUAAUUUAAAACUUAAGUUAAGACACAAUAAUCUUAUAACAGUAUAGAGAGGGGAUAUUAUAACGCAUUUUAAGGUAUUAUAAGUAGGUGGCUAUUGUAAGCAUGCAAGUAGUCUUUGAAAAUUGUAAAGAAUUAAAAACACACAAAAUCGUCUUUAGGAUAAUUUUGGGAUGCACAUAUAUGACAAACAUAUAAAACAUGAGAGAAUACUUUCACAGGACACAAGAUGCUUCAAGCAUUGGAUAAUGUAUACAUAUAAAUAGUCAGUCUUAUAUACAUACAUGCAUAUUCAUU